CUGUAGGAGACUGAAUACACUAGUAUGGAACACAGUUCACAAUUACCUAACUCUUUAGCUAUAACUUCUUUAUCAUCCUGCAUUGAAUUUCUAACUCCCAUUUAUGUAACUAUCCAACUCCGAAGCUUUUACUCAGUUUCCGAUUCCACAAAUGGCUUCUCAACAGAAACUUCCCCGAGUUUUCUGUAUCGGAACGGCCGAUACUAAGCUUCAAGAGCUUCGAUUUCUCUCCGAUUCAGUACGAUCUAAUCUCCACGCCUUUUCCAAUAAUUCAUCGGCUAACACACCGCAAGUCACCAUUGUUGAUGUUUCAACCUCUGAGGCGGCGGCGGCCACCGACAGAUUGGACGGUUUUUCUUUCGUUACGAGAAACGAAAUCCUCUCUUGUCAAUCCGGAUCGGAGGAAGGAGCUCCGAUUCGGCUCCCGAAUGACAGAGGAGAAGCCAUUACCGUUAUGAGUAAAGCAUUGGAGAGUUUUCUGAAGAAAGCUAAUGAAAACGGUGUCGUUGCUGGUGCUAUUGGUCUCGGAGGAUCCGGCGGAACUUCGUUGAUAGCUAAUGCGUUGCGAUCGCUCCCAAUUGGAAUCCCUAAGCUCGUCGUCUCCACCGUUGCUAGUGGUCAGACUGAACCGUAUAUUGGAACUUCGGAUUUGGUACUACUUCCGUCUAUUGUAGAUAUUUGUGGAAUUAACAGUGUGAGUAGAGUGGUUUUAUCGAACGGUGCUGCUGCUUUUGCCGGAAUGGUGGCGGGAAGGCUUGUAAAACCUAGAGAGUCUGGCCGUGGUGAUGAGAAAUUGACAGUUGGAAUAACCAUGUUUGGGGUUACAACCCCAUGCGCGAAUGCUGUCAAAGAAAGGCUGGUUAAAGAAGGUUACGAGACUCUGGUUUUUCAUGCCACUGGGGUUGGUGGCAGAGCCAUGGAAUCUCUGGUCAGAGAGGGAUUUAUUCAGGGUGUCUUGGACAUUACCACAACCGAGGUUGCGGACUUAGUUGUUGGAGGUGUCAUGGCUUGUGAUAAUUCCCGCUUUGAUGCUGUUGCAGAGAAAAAGGUUCCUCUAGUCCUCAGUGUGGGUGCUUUAGAUAUGGUGAACUUUGGAUCCAAAGAUACCAUACCUUCUGAAUUCCAACAUAGGAAGAUUCAUGUACACAACAAUCAGGUUUCACUCAUGCGAACAACAGUUGAUGAGAACAAGAAAUUUGCUAGCUUUAUAGCAGAUAAGCUCAACAAGACAUCAUCUAAGGUUUGUGUUUGUCUUCCACAAAAGGGUGUCUCUGCAUUGGAUGCACCAGGGAAGUCAUUUUAUGAUCCUGAGAUUACUACUUCUCUCAUAGAAGAGCUGCAAAAGCUAAUUCAGACAAAUGAAGAUCGGAAGGUAAAGGUAUAUCCUCAUCAUAUAAACGAUCUUGAAUUUGCGAAUGCAUUAGUCGACGCAUUUCUGGAAAUCAGUGUGAAGGGUUCUACAGAUUCCAGCUUUCUGCAAGAAUCUACUCCUGAAUCGAAACAAGAUAUUGAUAAGAAUCAUGUUUCAAAUGUGAAUUUAACAAGUUUUCAUACAAUUGCACGAAGUCCAAGUGACUUUCCAGAUGCAAGGCCAGAAACAUUACAAAGAACUCGGGCAGUGCUGCAGCAACUGAAAGAUCAGAUAAACAGCGGAAUACCAAUUAUAGGAGCUGGUGCAGGAACAGGCAUAUCAGCAAAGUUUGAGGAAGUUGGUGGUGUUGAUUUGAUAGUGCUGUAUAAUUCAGGGCGUUUUCGUAUGGCAGGAAGAGGCUCGCUAGCUGGUUUGUUACCUUUUGCUGAUGCAAAUGCCAUAGUACUUGACAUGGCAAAUGAAGUGCUACCUGUUGUGAAGGCUGUACCAGUUCUUGCUGGUGUGUGCGCUACUGAUCCUUUCCGCCGAAUGGAUUUCUUCCUAAAGCAGGUGGAGUCAAUUGGGUUUUCUGGUGUGCAAAAUUUUCCAACCGUUGGGUUAUUUGACGGUAAUUUUAGACAAAACCUUGAGGAAACGGGAAUGGGAUACAGCUUGGAAGUUGAGAUGAUUGGAAAAGCACACAAGAUGGGUCUCUUGACAACCCCAUACGCAUUCAACCAAGAUGAAGCAGUGGAAAUGGCAAAAGCUGGUGCUGAUAUCAUAGUAGCCCAUAUGGGACUCACAACAUCUGGCUCUAUCGGUGCAAAAACAGCAGUCUCAUUGGAAGAAAGUGUCGUUCGCGUACAGGAAAUAGCAGAUGCUUCCCAUAAGAUCAAUCCUGGCACCAUUGUUCUCUGCCAUGGAGGGCCUAUUUCUGGUCCUAGAGAGGCAGAAUUUAUUCUGAAGAGAACAACAGGAGUUCACGGAUUCUACGGUGCAUCGAGCAUGGAGAGGCUACCAGUUGAACAAGCUAUAACAUCCACCAUCAAACAGUAUAAAUCAAUUCCAAUGAAUUGAAUUUUCAAGUGAUUCUGUAAAAGAAGCUUCCCACAGUGUACAAUACGGUAUCAAUAAAUUUAAAUAAAGUAAACAAAGUUUCAUUUUUUUUUCUGCUUGUGAGAAACCUACAGCCAUGUAGCAAAAUUGCUCUACAAGAUCAAAUAUUGCUACUUUUUUUU